GGGUGGACUCGAUACGAACAGUCCUGUUAUUUCGUGGAAAUCAGGAAGAUGAGCAUGAUGGACGCACAGAAAUCUUGUGCUGAGAAAGGAAGUACCCUAUUCGUGGCCAAUUCCGUAGAGGAAUUCGUAAGUGAAACCAUUAAAGAGACAAGGACCUCGACAUUUAAAUGCUUACCGCUUGAUGAUGGCAAACAACCUUCAUGGGGAAGCUACGAUGGAGUCGACCCAUCACAACUAAAAUGGCUAGUCAACCCAUAUUCUUCUACAGUGAAUGGGUGGACUCCACUCUCCACUUGCGUCGGGCACUACAACGGAGACAUAUACUCUGAUUACCUUUACUUUUAUCCUUGCUCAUCGCUGUUCCAUUCUGUAUGUGAACGGAACUCAACACUGAACUGA